AUGCUUCAAUCCAUAUCUUUGUGGAGCUUGGUACUUGUGACCAUGGGCUCGCUUAUGGGAGCGGUUCAAAGCAAGGAAGUUGUAUGUUACUACGGUACGUGGGCCACUUAUCGGCAGGGAAACGGAAAGUUCACCGUAGAUGACGUCAACCCAUUGUUAUGCACCCAGCUAAAUUAUGCCUUCUUCGACAUCAAUUCGAACGGCACAAUCAGGAUAAUAGAUCCGUAUCUCGACCUUCCGUCCGGUCUCAACACGAUCGCCAAGUUUAAUAAUCUGAAGCAGAAAAAUCCCGCCCUAAAGACAAUUGCCGCCAUCGGUGGGUGGAAUGCUGGAACAGCUAACUUUAAAGCGGUAGCCGGCGAUUCCCAACGGCGUACCACGUUCGCAAGGAACGCCGUAUCAUUCCUGCAGCAAUAUCGAUUCGACGGUAUGGACAUCGAUUGGGAAUAUCCCGAUGCCGAAGACAAGGCAAACUUUGUGCUGUUUCUCCAGGAACUUGCUAAAGCUUUCGCACCGUACAACUAUCUGCUUACGGUGGCGGUGGGAGCUCCAGAGUGGAGAGCUAACGAAUCGUACGACAUUCCCGCCAUCUCGCGCAUUGUCAACUACAUAAACCUGAUGACGUACGACAUGGAUGGCGACUACGGCGUUACAAGACAUCAUGCCGCAAUCUUCCAAGGAUCGGUUGAUGAUACGGAUUUCAAGCGGCAGCUCAAUGUGGAUGCUGUCAUAAGGUAUUGGCUGAGCAAGGGUGCAUCGGCAAACAAGUUGACUUUGGGAGUUCCCUUCUAUGGACACACAUUUAAACUGGCGAAUCCUGGAGUGGACGGUGUCGGUGCGCCUACCAGUGGUGUUGGUACUAAAGGUCCAUACACUCAACAACCCGGCUUCUUGGGGUACAACGAAAUAUGUGAAUCUUCAUUUUCUAAGAAGCAGUUCGACUCGGUACAGGGUGCGGCUUUCGCUUCAGGCAACGGGGAGUGGGUCAGUUAUGAUACAGUGGAAAGCAUCAGUCGAAAGUGCAACCUGAUUGCCAAGUAUGGACUUGGUGGAGGCAUGGUAUGGUCCAUCGAAACGGAUGACUUCAAGGGCACAUGUGGUCCCAAGUUUACGUUACUAAACGCCUUAAAUGGAUGUGUGAACAAUAAUGGUCCUGCACCCGUUACCACUACCAUUGCAACUACUCAAGUAGCCACAACGAAGACCACAACCACUACUAAACUAACCACAGCAACUACUAAACCAACCACAACAACAUCCACCAAAGCUGUAACUUCAGGCUCUGGUACUUUCGUUUGCACACGCGAUGGUUACUUCCGGGAUCCAUAUGAUUGCAACAAAUAUUACCGAUGCUACGCCGGUACCAAAUAUUCCUUCAAUUGUCCAACCGAACUGUACUUCAACGAACAAGCGAUCACCUGUGACUGGCCUUAUAAUGUGAAAUGCUAA